UGAAAACCUAUUUAAGUGUAUGUACAGCAUUUCUGUUAUUUUAAUGAUUCAAAUGAUUUUGGAAUGUAUUUGAAAUAUUAUUAAAAUAAAUACAUUUAAAGGGAAACGAAACUAAAUAAAUUGUUACCUAAGUUAAAACGGUAAUGUUAUUCUGCUUGGAGUAAUUAUUCGAUGGUGCCAUGCAGAGCAGAGCAGAGGUUACGCACCAAAAAUGGAGGACUGGGGUGGUGUCAGUAGAGCGGUAUUUCCUUCUGCUCAUGUAGUCAAUGGAAUAGACAAACCAGCUAUCGAUGCAGACAUUAAAUACCCUCAGCCUUCAUCGACUUUGUCUAGUUAUGUCCCGGCGUGCGCUUACUCUCCCUCCAACCAGUAUGGCAUGUACAGCGGUCCGGGCAGUUAUGUGAGCCCUGGGCAUCACUGGCAGACCCAGGGCACCAGCCUCUCCCACACGGGUGGUGGUGUGACGAUGCACCCGAGUGAUAUCCAUUCUUCUAUGGCGUUCAAACAUGGUGUGCGAGACGGUAUACACAAUCAUGAUUUGACACGAAUCACACGUUAA